AAUAUAUAUUAUAAUUAUUUUUUGUUGUUAACGUUAAAUGACAUUCAGAGAUUUUUCCCACAGUACCUGAAGGCAUCACGAGAAAGCCGCUCUCUGGUCACGUGACUAUAAAUGUCAUCAUGUGACUAGUUCAGUGGAGAAAAUUGCGGUAGUAACUUUGCAGCAGAGCAGAAGUGUAUCUGUUCAGGAUGCCGCUGUGUGAACGGGCUGGGCUGUUCCGUGUCUUGUGCCUGUUCACCGUGUUUGAGGCGGGAUGUCUGCUGGACACCGGGAUGCUCUUCCCCCGGGAGUCUUCCUCCAGAGAGGUGAAGGAGCUGAACGGGCUGUGGGACUUCAGAGCCGACAGGUCCCCAGACAGGAACCUGGGCUUUGAGAAGGCUUGGUACAAGAGUCGGCUGUCUGAGACCGGCCCGGUGAUUGAGAUGCCAGUUCCUGCCAGCUACAAUGACAUCACCCAGGACGCCUCACUGAGAGAUUUCAUUGGCUGGGUGUGGUAUGAGCGAGAGGUGGUGGUGCCCACUCGCUGGAUCACAGAUGAAGGAACCAGAGUGGUGAUCAGAGUGGGAAGUGCCCACUAUAACUCUGUGAUGUGGGUGAACGGGGUGAAAGUGACGGAGCAUAAAGGCGGCCAUCUUCCUUUUGAGGCUGAGAUAGGGAGUGUUAUCAGGAAAGACCCGACUCAGCCAUGCAGGAUCACCAUCGCAGUCAACAACACCCUGAGUCUGGACACUCUGCCUCCAGGAACCAUCCAGCACAUGGGCGACCGCACCAAGUAUCCUGAUGGUUUUUUUGUGCAAAACAUCUACUUUGAUUUCUUCAACUAUGCUGGCAUUCAUCGCUCUGUACUGCUGUACACGACCCCUAAAGCCUAUGUGGAUGACAUCACCGUGGUGACUGACUUCUUGGACAACACUGGUCUAGUCAAAUACAAGGUGUCGGUCCAAGGUGCCGCCACAGCCACCCUGAAGGUCACUCUGAUAGACAAAGAUGGCCGCUGUGUGGCCUCCUCCAGCGAGCCAUCUGGAGUGCUCAAAGUCGUGGAUGUCAAGCUGUGGUGGCCGUAUUUGAUGCAUGAGAAUCCAGGGUACCUGUACUCUCUGGAGGUGAGACCACACGCUUACAUACAUGUCAUACAUGGUUACUAUUUGGAUUUAAGCUGCCAAAAAUAAAUAAAUGAAUUCUAC